AAAUUUGGGGGAGCCAGGGGAGGACACGCAGGAAAUGGGGUGAGGAGACUGAAUAUGAGGGGCACCAUGCUGGGAGGGGCCUGGAUGGGAGGGCAGAAGGGGAAACCCUGAACUGGGAGGGUCCUGAGUGGGACAGGAUCUUGAGGCUGGGGACACCCGAGGAUGGGGACAGCAUGGAUGGGGGAAUCAAAACAGGAUCUCGGAGGGCGGGAGCCAAAUGGGUGGACCAAAAGGGAAGAAGGGAGGAGUGCAGGGAGUCCAACAUCAAAUCGGCCAUCUCAGUGUCCCAUCCCAACAGAACCGAAGCCCCCCAAGGCCCGGCAGAGCCAGAAGGAGGCGGGGCUGAGCCCUCCAGAGCCCCUCCCACCGACCCCACCCCCUGAGACCCAAGAGGGGGCCCAGGAUGACGAAGACCCUGCCGAGAUCCCGCCCCAAGAAGCACCACCCCUGCACAUCGAGGUGGAGAGCACAGAGCCCCUCCCACCCGCACAUGGAGACUCAGCGCUGCUGCUGCGCCUGCGCCAAGGCCCCGCCCUGGCCUGGCAGGGGGCGUUGCCCCCCGGCGAGUACCUGCUAAGUCCUCCGGGCCGCCAGGGGGCGCCGCCGCCGCUGCCGCGCCUGGUGCUACGGGCAGGGGCGGGGCUGGGCCGGGGGCUCCUGCUCAGCAGCGCCCCCCGCGGGCUGUUCCUGCGCAUGCGCCCCGGGGACGGCCCCGCCCCCGGCACCGUGCGGGGCCCGCACGCGCCGCACGGGCCGCUCCAGCAGGGGGCGCUGCUGCAGCCGUUCGACGCACGGCGCUUCCGGGAGGAGCUGGAGCUGCACCGGGCCGGGCUGGGCCCCCGCCCCCCACACCGGGUGACGCUGGAGCUGGGACCCCCCGACGGGGACCCCCAGGGCGGGGGGCUGCUGCUGGAGCUCGAACAAGCCUUUGCCCAGCGCCUCCUGGACACCCUCGAGAUCCCCCCGGACCCCUCGGGGACCCCCCCCGAGCAAUAA